GGAAGUCCGGUAUUUGACAACAACCGGUGAAAAACAUGUUUCAGAAUAGCUUAUAUUUUAAAUAAAUACAGCAUAUUUUUUUAUUAUGAACGGCUUUACACCAAAAAUAUUAGUUAUAAAUUUAAAUUUUAAAGGAAUGAUCAAAUGUCGUGUUGGUAAUAUUUGUAUUCCGCUGACUUCGCUAGCCUCUUUUGUUGUUGACGGAUGUUACAACUCGGAAGACCCUCGUGAUAGCUGCUGCUCAGACUCCUCAGUUGCUGGAGUUUGAAAGUUUACCUGCAUGAAUUAGCAGCAGGAGAAGUAAAAACUUUCUUUUAGGGGGAACGGAGGAGAUGCCUCGUCUAGAGAAAACCGGAAAAGAGACAAAAAGACCAAAACUUGACUGGAGGUUUGUUCAGAGGUUCUGCAGCAUCCAGAAGGUUCUGUUCCCAUCAUGGACCAGUCAGAGCGUUUUGAUGUUUGGAACACUGCUGGUAGUCACUCUGACAGAGCAGCUGAUCAUUUACCAGGUGGGCGUCCUCCCCAGUCACUUCUACAAUGUGCUGGCAGACAAAGAUUCGUCUGGCUUCAGGAGCCUGGUGGGAGCAGCUAUGGUGCUCAUCGUACUUAACUCCACUCUGAAAAGUGUGGAUCAGUAUAUUUGUAACCAGAUGUAUGUAAACUGGAGGAGGACGCUCACUGAGAGUCUCCACUCGGCCUACUUCCAGGGCAGAGUCUACUACACUCUCAAUGUUCUCAGAGAGGACAUAGAUAAUCCAGACCAGCGCAUCAGUCAGGAUGCGGAGCGACUGUGUAAGCAGAUGAGCAGCAUGGCCAGUCGCCUCAUUGUCUCUCCGUUCACGCUGUCCUACUACACCUAUCAGUGUUUUCACAGCACCGGCUGGAUCGGUCCUGUGAGCAUCUUUGGAUACUUUCUAGUUGGAACUGUUGCCAAUAAAAUCCUCAUGGGCCCGAUCGUGUCUACUCUGUUUGAGCAGGAGAAACUGGAAGGAGACUUUAGAUUCAAACACAUGCAAAUUCGUGUCAACGCAGAGUCUGCAGCUUUUUUCAGAGCCGGUAAAGUGGAGCACAUGAGGACAGACCGAAGGCUGCAGGCCCUGCUGCAGACGCAGAGGAGCCUCAUAAACAAAGAGCUGUGGCUGUACAUCGGGGUGAACACCUUUGAUUACCUGGGAGGUUUCCUGAGCUACAUCAUCAUCGCCAUUCCUAUCUUCAGUGGUAUUUAUGAUGGGCUCUCUCCUGGUGAACUUAGUGCUCUCAUAAGUAAGAAUGCCUUUGUUUGCAUCUACCUGAUAAAUGGAUUCACACAGCUAAUAGACCUGUCAACCACUCUGUCAGAUGUGGCUGGAUACACCCACAGGAUUGGGGAGCUGAGGGAGGUGAUGGAUGACAUACUGCACACACAGUGUGACUAUGACCCCGCGUCAGGGCAAAGCUACGACUUUGACAGUGACUUUAAUGUCCACGGAGGCCCUGUGGACACAGCCUUUGUUGUGGAGCAUCUCUCAUACAAAUCGCCGUACUCAGACCAGCUGCUGGUGGAGGAUCUGAGUCUGAAAAUCAGCCAAGGAACCCAUCUGCUGAUUGUGGGGAACACGGGGACGGGGAAGACGUCGCUGCUGCGCGUCCUCAACCGCCUUUGGGAAGCAGACAGCGGUUUGGUUCAGAUGACCACGUGUUUUGGGCCCAGGGGAACCCUCUUCCUCCCGCAGAAACCCUACCUGACGGACGGCACACUGCGGGAGCAGAUAAUCUACCCACUUAAAGACAACUAUCCUGCGUCAGGGUCUGUGGAUGAUGACAGAAUCAUACGGUUUUUGGAGUUGGCUGGAGUGUCCAGUCUCCUGAAGCGGACUGGGGGUCUGGAUGAGAAGGUGGACUGGAACUGGUAUGACGUUCUGUCUCCCGGUGAAAUGCAGCGCCUCUGUUUUGCUCGGCUCUUCUACUUGCAGCCGCAGUACGCAGUUUUAGACGAGGCCACCAGCGCUUUGACAGAAGAAGCAGAGGCACAGCUGUACCGCACAUGCAAGCAGCUGGGCAUGACGCUGGUCAGCCUGGGACACCGCAGCAGCUUGGAGAAGUACCACGACGUCCAGCUGAGGCUGUGCGGAGGAGGCCGCUGGGAGUUAACAAAGUUAAAAGGAGCGAGCAGGAGCUCUGAUCACAACGAGGAAGACAUGUGACGCGCAGAAAACAAUUCUGGAACCUUCAAGUCUUUCAGUUCCUGAUUUGUGCAUUAAAAACUGAUGCCGACAUCA